AUGCCCCGCGCCGACAUCUGCACCGAGUUCUACAUCAUCCGGUACUGUGCUGCGCGCCCCGCAUGUCUCUCUGCUUGUCUAUCUGGUAUCUGUCUGUCUAGCUGCCCGUCUCGCUGCCUGCCUGCCUCCCUGCCAUGCCCUGCGCCGGCAUCUGCACUGAGUUCUACAUCAUCCGCCUGCCUGUCUCCCUCCCUGCCUCUCUGCCUGCCUGCCAUGCCCAGCGCCAGCAUCUGCAGCGACUUCUACAUCAUCUGUCACGGGGAGGCGGCGCACAACGUGUCGACGCUCAUAGGGGGGCGGUCGCCGCAGGCAGCACUCACCCCUUUAGGCGAGCAGCAGGCGGUGCUGCUGGGGCGCUACCUGCGGGACUACGUGGGCGUGCGCUUCCAUGCCAUCUUCUCCUCGCCCAUCGAGCGCUCCAAACGCACUGCCAUCCUCGCCUGCCAGGAGAUGGGGGUGGCGGAGAGCAUGAUCCGGUAUGCGGACGAGCUGCAGGAGCUCAGCCAGGGGCAGUGGGAGCGGCAGCCGCGCGCACGCAUCUACCAGCGCGGUGUGCUGGAGCAGAUGGUGGCCGCUCAGCCCGACUUCAGGGCGCCCGGGGGGGAGAGCCAGCGACAGGUUGAGUUCCGUAUGGUUGAGUUUCCCCACCCUCAAAUCUGCCCACCACGCCUGCUAAUGGUAACAGCAGCACUCCAGCAUCUGCUAACAGCAGCACUCCAGCAUCUGCUAACAGCAGCAGCAGCAGCAGCAGCAGCAGCAAUCUUUCCAGCAGCACUGGCAGUGCAGUUAAUGCACAAGGAGGUGGGGCAGCAGCUGAUGAUGUUUUCCGUGUGGCUGUUUUCUCCCACGGCACUGCAAUACGGUGCCUUGUGCGUGGCGUUUUGGGUUCGGACCCUCAUCUCACCCACAAUAUUGGCAUUGACAACACUUCAAUCUCUAUUCUCCGUCACACCGCUCGGAAAGGGUGGCAUCUGGUCAAGAUGA